UGGGGUACAGAGGAAGGUGUCACUUUUGGGGACCAGCCGGCACCUCAGCAGCUGCAACAAGGUGGGGAGGGCUGGACCCAGGGGCAGGCGCCGAUCCUCGAGGCAGAGGUGGACCUAGGAGGUGGGCAGCCCACAGUGUCCCGGACACAAGGGUCAGGGUGGCUGUGGGGAUAGAGAGGGGGCUGAUUUGAGGGACACUCAUAACAGAACAAAUCACCACCCGCAGGGCUUGGUGCCCAUGCCCGGGCCAUCCGAGGGCCUCUGUGCCGUCCCCUUCAGCCCCACCCACUCCAGGCAGGAGCUAAGUGGGUGCCAGGCGAGUGGGGACACCAGUGGUCCCCACAUUCCUGCUUGCAGGCCUCGGCAGGAGGAACUGGUCCUCGUGGAUGGAGCAGAUGCGUCUGCAUCCUCCUGUGUCCUCCUUGGUCCUCCUCAGUAGGCAGACCACCUCCAGGCUCCCAGGACAGGCUCACGAUGUGACCAAGCUGGCCCGACAACCAGGCCACAUCCUCCCGCCGCCCAGACACAGGCGGGUGCAGGGAGGCGGACCGUCCUGGGGAAGGACUGGGAUGGGGAGGACGCACACUGUCCGGCGGCUGCUCAGGAGAGGCUGCUGGAGGACGUUCGCAGAGCAGAGAGGGAGGCCAGGAGCUGCUCCCCAGGGCCUGCGCACCAGGAUGCUGCUGCUGCUGCUGCUGGCCCUCAGCCUGGGCCUGGCCAGCGCCCAGGAGACUCUAGAGGAGGUGCCCGUGCAGCCUGGCUUUGACGCACAGAAGGUGGAGGGACGUUGGCUCACCAUGCAGCUGGCCACCAGCCACAAAGAUCUGGUCUUGCCAACUGACCCGCUGAGACUUGCUCUCCACUCCAUCCAGACCAGAGAGGGUGGUGACAUGGAGUUGGUGCUGUUCUGGAUGUGCGAGUGCCAGGCUGCCCCAAGCCCAGGGAGCCGAGAGCCCUGGAGAGGACUCCCAGGGUGGGGCUCCCCAUCUCCCCAAAGACAGGCCAACUGGGAGCCGCAAGAGGGUGACCUUUUUCCCAGAGGAGAAGGGGUAUGUAGAGGAAUGAACGUCACUAUCCAUCCAGCUGGGCGGCCAGGCCAGUACCAAGGCUCCUCUGUCGGGGGCAGUAUGCACAUCUGCUUUGUUAGCACCGACUACAGCAACCUCAUUCUUUAUGUGCGCUUGGAGGACGUCGAGGUCACCAGCCUGUGGGCACUUCUGGCGAGGACAAUGCUCGAGGACCCCAUGUGGCUGGGGAGGUACCUGGAGUAUGUGGAGAAGUUCCACCUGCAGAAGGUCCUGGUCUUCAAUGUGGCUGUUUCCAUGAGUGGCAUCCCCAUGAGCAGAAGGGGUCUGGAUUGGCUGCACACACAGCUUGGCCAUCCCUGAAUAACCUGAGACCUCUGAGCCCGGUGGGCGGAGCACAUCCACUCCCUCCUUGCCUGCAAUACCUGGG